AUGUCAUCAGUCGGGCCGUUCAGAAAACAAUUUCAACAUAUGAUAAUUCACGGAGAUCAAGUUAAAGAAAUUGAUGUUGAUGAAACGGAUGAUUUAGUUACACUACAAGGAAAGAUCAUCUCGCGAUUUCAUCCUCAAAAGAUCGAUUUCGAAGUGAUGCAAGCACAAUGGUGGAAUUCGAACCGUAAACGGUUUGUGGAUUUGGAUCCACAGUGUUGGAGCAAAUACAAGAUUUUACAGAGACGCUUGCUUUCGGAUCCUCCAGUAGAUCCUAGCCAUCAGGCAUGGGAAAUAAAACUCGUGUGGAAAUUUGCAACGAGUAAGUAUGCUCACUGACCAGAGCUGGAACCGGUACCGGUUGAAAAAGUCAGCCGAGCCGGUAGAGAGGUGAAACCGGUUGAAACUGUUGAAACAUCUGGUCUUUUUACCAAGGGGGAAAAGCAUCAGUUCAACAUUUCACUUCACAUGAAAAGCACUUCACUUGGUAUAGAGGGGGUCAAAAUCAACACAAUUUGUAAAUGGUAGCAUAGCGGCCGGUGUCUGAUAGUGAUGCCAUCUACAAAUCAUGUUGAUUGUGCCGCCGCCUAUAUGUGCUUCACUAGUUCACUUCAAACUCACCUCCACUUCACUUGAAGUGAAGUGGAGGUGGAGUGAAAUGGUGCUUUUACCUCCUUGCUUUUUACCCUGUUUUUCGCCAAAAACUAAAAUUUCACGUCUUGUUUAGUCAGAAUAAAUAAGACGAUGCUCAAGACCGAUAUUAUUUUCAUCAUUUAUUUUAAGGUUAAAAUGUUACAGACUCGUUAUUGUGAAGGUUCUCUCACAUGUGCUCGCAAACUAUUUAAUUUCUGGGGAAAAUGCUUUCUGAAAAUAGAUCUUUAAAAAGCUUAAUCGGCUUUUCGC